AUGAGGAACAAGGUCAUAUUUGGAACGAAGACCGAGUCGAAAGAAGCUCCAUGGGCUGUUCCUAUUGCUGUGUAUCGAUACGAAGGGGUUUUGCAUUGCACUGCCACCCUUGUAUCUUCUCGCCACAUCAUUACUGCUCGACACUGUUUUGUAAGGGAUUUCGAGCACGGAUCAUUCAGAUACGUCUUCAAUGGAGAAGUUAUUAAUAAGGAUAACUGUCGGGGAGAGGAUUAUAUUGUUCCUCCUGAAAGAAGUGAAGCUGACAUCCACUUUGCCACUAGGUGUCGAGAUGAGGAAACUUGUGAAAAUAUAAACCUUCCCACGAAUCUAAUCACAAGAAAGCCAGCUCUGGUUGUCUUACCCGGACUGUGUUCAGGAAAUGUUCUAACAUAUCUCAAUCAAGAUGACAUUGCUAUAGUAGAACUAGAUAAAGAUGUCCUCUUCUCAGAAAAGAUUCAUCCUAUCUGUAUUGAUUUGCAACCAAUAAAUGCAUACUUUGAGGGAGACAGUGGUGGAGGAGGCAUUAUGGAGAGAAAUGGCAGAACGACACUCGUAGCAGUUUUGAGCAGAGGCGAAGCUUGUGGUGAACAUAAAAGAGACAAGGCUGACCUCCAUAUGUCAGUGUGGUACUAUUCAAAAGUCAUCUGCAAGUACACUGGCAUUUGUAAAAUGUAA